CAUUUAAAGGGCUGGGGGAGAAAUGUUGGAAGGGGCUGUGGGGCGAGAGUGGCAGCUAAGUGCAGGUUCCUCGCAGUGUGAUGGUUGUAGGUGCAGAUUAGCGAUUCCUCCAGGGCAAGCCUUGAGAGUUUAAUGCUAACGCGGCUGCUAGUUUAUCUUUUGGAUUCAUAGUAGGGGCCCGUUCGCUGCGCCCAGACCAGACCCUGUUUGCUUUCCUCCUCAGUUUGUGUAUCGUGCUGCUUCAGUGGGUGGAGAAGGGACGCUGGCCAUAGCCUGGCAACAGUUUCUAUAUGCAAGUGGUAACUAGAGUGCGUGGGGUGCGUUUGUCCCAUGGCAGCGGGGUUUGGAGCUGGACGAAGUGCAGCAAAGUACAGACUACGCCACCGGGCUGCAUGGUACCGGAAUCAGCUGGUGCUGCAGUGCUAGAGACCACUUGUGCUUAAGACUCUGAAUUUCUACUUGUACGGAAAUGCUACAAACCUGGGAGAAGAGAAUUUGUAUUCUGACAGCGAGGACAUGGUCAAACAAAGUGCUGCUCUCAGUUGUUACAAGCCACAGGUAAACAUCAAGAAACAAAAAAUGGACACUCAAAUAUUCUCCCCGCUACUAGGAGGGAUCACAAGUACAUCACCACCUCCGGAAUCAUCCCGGUUACAUAGUAAUUGGUCUGUGUGUGGAGAUAAUACCAAUACAGCAACUUCUUUACAGGACUGUACAAAAAAAAGGGCACAGAUAAAUCUGUCUUACUCUGGCAAUGGCCCAGAUAUGUUUGGGUUGGUGUCGAGCAUCCUAGAGGAGCCAAACAAGCCAGAACCAGUUACAGAUUGGAAUUCUCUGUCAAGAUUGUUUCCCCCUAUGUGGGCAUCUGAAGUUGGAAACAAUGGUGAUUUCUCAGGUCUUUCUUCUAAGCACCCUUUACAAAGUAAAGAUUUGCCAAACCUGUUUGGCACACCGAACUUCUACCAAGGACACUUGCAAAAGUCAACUGAAGUGGAGUCUUUACACAGAGAAUUUGAAGAUCUCCAUUUUCUAGAGUCUUGGCUUUCUCCUUCUGACCCUUAUACUCAGCCAUCUGAUGACAUCUUGAACAUUUAUCCUGAAAAUUCUGCUUUUCAAAGAAUGAACAUGAGGAAGGAUUAGCAUUUCAAAAUGUAGAAUUUAAUCAGCACGUGUGCAAUUAUGAUAAGAUGAAAUUAAAUGGAGACACUGAAAAGAGCAGCUCUGAUUUUAGUAAUUUUUCUUCUCAGUGCAGAAUUAAAGAUGGAACUGAUAUUCAGAACGAGUAUUGGGAAACUAACAGAGCAAGAGGCAACCUUAUGAAAAAUGACAAACAAGUGCAUGCAAAGUACUCCAAUGAUCUAUCUAGUCCACCUGCUGGUCGUGUGUGGGGCAAAGCGUUCCAGGACAACCACUUGUUUUCUAAAAAAUAUGAAGAUUUUACAGUUUCUCAUAAAUCACAGCAAUCUAUUCACCCAUCCCUAUAUUUUCUCAAUCAACCUUUUGUUAAAGAAAAUAGUUUUUCUGGAGGAACAACUAAAAGUCCACAGGAAACUUGCAUGCAAAAUGGCCAUAAUAGCUUUGAUUUGGGAGAAACCUUCAAUAACACUGAAUGUAAGAGCCAUAUUAAUCCUAAAGAAUGUUCUCAGAAAUCUUCUGAAUUUCAUUUAUCUGUAAAAACUACUCUACAAAAUGGGAACUAUCAUUCACCUUACCAUGGAUAUAGAUGGCUGGAUGGUAAAAUCUUAAGUCCCACAACUACAUCAGAUAUUGCAUAUAGGAAGCAAAACCAAGCAGUAACAAGUCCGCAGUCCUCUUCAGGUGUUUCAGCUAUGUCCAGUGAAUCUCCCAUACACCAGUCUGGAACCCAGCCCUCUUACUAUUCCCAGUUAUCACCAGUACCCUCUUCAAGGAAAGAUGGAAGGGUACAAAUAUCAAAUAGUGUUCCUAGUAAUUUGGGGGGUUCACAUUUCUUUGCAGAAAAUCAGAAACAAGUUAAACCUAUUGGACAUUACCAGCAUGAUUCAUUGACUAACAAGAGAGGCCAGUAUCAUAAAGUACCCGUUAAUUUGUCACACAACUGGUUAACACAGCAGAAUUCUGCAGGUGAUGAAUCUGAAAAGUAUCAUAGGUUUCGCAAAAAGCAAAGCCAAGAUAACUGUAAUAAAGAUGAUAGAAGAGGCAGAAGGAAUUGGAUACCCCAUCCUGGAUAUUCAGGACAAAACCAGCAACAGUUCAACGUGUUCCGAAAGAAACAAGAACAAAACGGUGGCAACAUGUCUGACUUCAUCAAUACUUCGUUUCUUCCAACUUUCCCAUUAAUGUCCGAGUUCAAGCAAAAUCCCAAUUUUGCUCAGUUUAAUCCCCAUCCGUUUCCAUCAGCAAAUAAUUUUGCUUUUCCUCCAUCACCAUUUCCCUUCUCUGAGCUUCUUGAUCUUUUUCACUAUGACGAUUUUAACCAUUUGCAUCCCCUUAUUAAUGAUCUAUUUUGUGGGGAGUUAAGUGUGCCAUACUUUCCCUUUCCAACUCCUUUUAACAAGUAUAGGCCUCCAAGAACUCGCAGUGGACCUGCUAAUGAGCUUCAUAUUCGUCUGGAGGAGUGUUAUGAUCAGUGGAGAGCUCUGGAGAAGGAGAGGAAAAAGACUGAAGCUGAUCUUGCAAGAAACUUUCCAGGAAAACGAGUAUCUAGUUCAAAUAAUACUCCUGUUUCCCGACUUCCUGCUAACCCUUCAAGAGUGGAUCGUUUGAUUGUGGACCAAUUACGAGAACAGGCCAGAGUGCUCACCUUAAUCAGAAAAAUGGAAAGGCUUCGUGGUUCUCCUGUCCAUGGGAAUAUAUCCAAUACUCUGGAACAUCAUUUAGAAGCCAUUCAUAUUACACAAGUGAGGCGGAAAGAUGAGAUUGUUAAUGCUGCCAAUCCACAAAGACAAGGAGCACCUCGCUACAAUAAUGAAAAAGAUGUUCUUGCUCUGGCAGGGGCCAUUAAAGCAUUAGCUGUUUCUACACGCAAAGCUCGUACUGCUUUAUGGUGUGCACUGCAGAUGACUCUACCAGAAGCCUGCUUAAGCUCUCCAGUGAAACAGGAGGAGGUGGAAAGAGCUUUAGAAGAGCUUUGUCUAGGAAACACAAGCACACAAGAAAAGAACAAGGCAUGUCCUGAAGAGCAGGGGAGCAAAAAAGAAAAUCAUGAGGAACCUAUACAGCUUUUUGAAUAACUGAGCAGUGGGGGAAGAUAGGAAGAAAGUGAAUUGCAUUGUGCUGUGGAGAACUUUUUUGUUAAAAAGAAAAAAUAAUUCAACUGAUCAGUGCUGCAAUUUUAUUACUGUGAUUCUGGUGUUGACAAAUAUUUCUUGUAAUAGUGUUACUACAGUUUUAAUAUUGCUGGUAUUGCAGUGUCUUCUACGUAAGAUAAAGAUUUUAUUAAUAAGGGAGACUGGGCAAUAGCUGACCAUUUUCUUGACCACUUAGCCAAAGCUAUGUAUCAGCUGUGACUCAAGCCAUGACCUGAGAAACCAGUGUGUGGCUAAGCUAAUUUUGAUUCUUUUCUUCAUUUGUUAGCUAUAAAAUUUAGCAGAUACUAGAAAUGCCAUUUUAAAGGGUAUUUUAAUAAUUACUAGGUUGUUUGCACCAUUAUGUAUUAUUUUAAGUGCCAGAAUGAUUGCUAAAUAAUGUAAUUGUUUGUACUGUCACUCAACACUGACUAAUCCACACUUCUGCAUUGCUAUUGUGACAGGGUGUCAAAUGUUUCAGGUAAUUGCCAAGAGUCUGAUAGGAAUAAUCAGAGUUUAAUGUUGGUUACAUGAAAUGCUUGUUCUGCCAAUUAAGAGUUUUCAGCUGCAUUAACCUAAAUGAAAAGGUCCCAUAGUAUAAUCCUUGUGACAAAUUUUUUACAUAAUAAAUAAAUGAAGAACUAAUUUAAGGAGUUUUUAGAGCUGCAGUACAACAUUGCAUGAAAAUAUACAUUGGCAGUUAACAAAAAAUUGUCACUCAGGAUUAGAAAUUAGAUUUACUGUUGCCUCAUAGUUAAAACCAGUAUGUAUGCACAUAAUGAAAAAUGACAUGGUUAUUAAUAUGGCUAUGGUACUUUAAUUUUCAGAAACAUUCCAUAUUUAUUUUAAUAUUUUGAUUAAAUGUUUAUUUAAUUUUUUUUUAAUAAUAUACAGUUGGGUCUUUUGCCAAACCUUCCUAAUAAUCAGAUUUAAUGAUUUACUCAGGAACUAUAUAUAUUAUAUAUAAAUAUACACACAGUAUAUAGGGGUUUUUUUGCGGGGAAGAGAUGUUUGCAGAUACUUACACAAAUCUAACUAUAUACUAGGUUACCAAAGCUGUUUAACUGAUUUCUUUUAGCAUGAGAAGAUUUCCUAUAUUUAAUUGCUAUUACUAGUCUUCAUCCUGUGGCUUAGACAAUCAGAAGUGUUACAUAUCAUUGUGAAUGUAUAGAGUGAUAAUUAGAAAAGGAUGAAUACUUUGUAUUUUGUUCUUAUCACACUACUUUUGAGUACUUUAAUGCUUUAUCAAUCGUGUCUUAAUGUUAGAUUGUCUUUCAAAAUGUACUAAUUACCAAGUAUGUUCUUAGGUGUUAGUAUAUUAUUGAUGAAUGGCUUUGGAGAGCAGUUCUUAUUUUGAAAAAAGAAUUAUGUGAGGACAGGAGAAAAAGUUUAAAGAUUUAAAAUGAAGAUUUGUCUGUGAUUCAUGAUGUUAUGAUGUUGAAGUUGACACGUUCUCUUGAUAAAUGUGUAAUUCUAUUUCCAUAUACAUGUACUUGCUAAAUAUUCCAAACAGUCUGUAAUUUUGGACCUGUGAAUGUUCCUCGAACACAUGUAGUCUUAUAGUUCUAUUAGUACCAAUAUAGUAUCAGUGGUAGUACCCUUUUAAUGGUAAUGAGGUGAUGAGUGCAUCAUUUUCUAGAAUAAGAAAUCACUAAAGCCUCAUUUUGAUCUACUGAUUAAACAAAGGAAUUAUUAGAACGCAGAAUCUUCUUAUAAGUAUGCUCUACUUUUUCUAAAGAAAAUUUAAUCAGUUUCAGUGGAUAUUUUAAAGCCUUAGUCUAAAACUAAAAAUUGGUACUGAAGAGAAUUAUUUUAGUGCUGUGAGUCUAUUUUGUAUCUGUGUGCGUGUGCAAUCUGUUUGCACUAUUUUCAGAUGGUCAGAUGUGCUAUUGUGGAACUGUAGUUGGUGGUUUGAAAAUUUUUCAGCGUUUACAGAAUUUGAGGUUUUUUAUUGAGUUAUAAUUACUACGUUACCAGGAAAUAGAAAUUGGAAGUUUUGAUUUACAUUUGUUUACAGAAUAAUUGUAGUCUUGCAGGAUUGUUUUGUAGUCGUGAAUGUAUUGGGCAUAUUAGGACCUUUAUUGUAUUGUUUGUAUGUAAAUUAUUGUGAAGGAAUGUGAUUUUAAUCAGUUCAUACUAUAGUUAAUGUGCCUUUAACAGUCUUAUUUUUCAAAAACGGUAAGUAACUGUAUGCUCACUUCAGCUUUCUGUUGCAAUUUAGUAAUACAUUUAAAAGGGUUAAAUGUAGCGGCAUUUGACUAUAACUGACGUAGCAUAUGGUAUUAGUGUUGUUCUUACAUAAAAUUUGAUUGUCCAGUUCUGGACUCUUUAACAUGUGUAAGGCACAAUAGCUGUUGAGAGUUGCCACAAGUCAUUUGUAUUAAUAACAAAGUUGUGUUGCCCACAAAUGCAACAUGUGCACAUUUAAUUCUUUUUUACUUGAUCUGCCUGUUUUCUUUUUAAAAUUUGAACUAUCUGAUGCCCAUCUUAGUAUGGAUAUUUU